GGCGAGGCCGAACCAAGCAGAAGAAUCUUGUAGAAGAACGGUGGGGAGCUCUCGAUAGAAUUUCCAUCAAUCCAUGAAGCACCGGUUGCUCCACCUUGAGCAAGGCCUCGGUCGGUCUCUAGCUUGGGUAAACCUGGCAACCAUCCCUGGAUCUGAAACGACUGGUUAUCCAUCCCAGGGUUCACCUGUAUACAAACGGCAUGAAGACGGGCGCACGGCCAUUGGUGCCAUGCUCAAAGGUGGCCCAUUUCCGGUCAGGAGAAUUCUCAACCAUCUUGCGAAUCAGACGUUCACUAGCCCAUCAGAGACGGGAGGCCGUCGAAUGAGUCUCUGUCUCUGAUUUGCUCAUGCAUAGCAGCCUGACUCGUCCCCACGAGGAGUGGCUGCUUUAGCGGCAAUCCAUCUUUUCCACUUGCCUUUUGACAUGAAAGCCAUGCCAUCCUUAGUUACUGGGUUGAACGUAACUUGCUUACUUGAUGAAGAUCCCUAGCGGUCUACUAGGGGAACCUCUCCUGCACUUGAAGACAGGAUUUGAGCCUUCUAGCCAGCAAGCGCUCUCUCGGAAGUUGGCUUUCACGAGAGGCGGGGAGAAGGGGAAUGCUUGGGCCGACCACUGGACGCAUGGCGAUACAUCUCUCUGGAUACCUCAGCUUAGACUGGUCUCAGAGUGACCUAGUAUGAAAUCCU